ACAACGCUCUCUGACAUCAACAUCAACAGUACCGCUUUCUGCAGCUGCAGCUGACAUCAGCGGUUUCAGUGCGAUCGUUUUUCUGAUUUUACCAAAGAAAUUCCUUUUAUAUUUUACAAUUUUAUUACUUGUUGCAAUGGACGAAGAUUAUCUGAUUGUACCAAGCGGACCACCGGAGUCGUACUGUCGGCUGUGUCUCUCGGAGGCCAACAUUGAACCUCUGCUUGUUGUUCCGGAUGGUUUCCUGCAGCCGAAUCAGGGAUUGGUGGACCUGAUCAAGCGCUAUGUGGAAAUUGGUCUAUCCGGGUCACGAGACAGCCCCUGUGCCAUUUGCAGCACCUGCCGGAUGAUGCUGGAGGAGUUCGAGCGAUUCCGAGAGCGCUGCCUGCGGUGCGAUUACAUCCUGACCGGACAGGAGCGCAACGUUCAAUUGGAGUGCGGCGAGUGUCCGAGCCGAUUCCGCUUCAAGGUAGAAUUCGAGCGGCACUGGAAAUCGUAUCACGACUUGGUUUACCGAUGUGGUUCGUGCGAGGCUGGAUUUUCAACGCAAGCGAUGCUGGAUGGCCACCGGGAGAAAUAUCACGAAAGCAGAAUUGGCGAGUGUUUCCACUGCAAUUUUUGUCCGCGUAUAUUCGCGGAUGAAAGCCAAUUACAAUUUCACGUUCAACUUUUACAUACUACGACCACGCCAGUGACGGAUUUCGCUCCUCCACCGGCAAAAAAGCCCAGGAAGCCGAGUAGGAAAAGUAACGCACCCAUUCAACCGGAUCCGACUAAUCCGGAUAGACCGUAUGAGUGUCGAACCUGUCGGGUUCGGUUCAGUUUUAUUGGAUCUUUGACGCGCCAUCUGGCCGAGAAGCAUAAAAACACCGUUAGGCGUCCACUGAAACCUAGAAAGCCUGCUAAGGUUGCUUCGACUAUUCAGCCUGCUUCGAUAUUUGCUGAAGAAACAUUGAUGCCGGAAGUGAUGAUUCAGGAAGUUGAGCCUACUCUGACGAUGGAAUUUAACGGCGAGAAUCCAAACAAUCACUUCUUGGAUCAACAUUUUUCGGAACAAACUUUCGAACAGCCAUCCGUGGUUAUCCCGUUCGUUAUUGCAUUGAGUCGCUUGGAUUCCAGCUUGAUCCCUCCGAUACCAAAUUAUGAAAUCCCUCUGGGAAAAUAUUACCAUGCCCUACAAAAGCAAACCGCAAACUCGAUCGAGGACUCCGCGCUAGACGACGAAAUCCUGAUGAACUACCCGACGUUCACUCGUCAGGUCCACAAAGUGAUCCGCUGCGAUCAGUGCCCGGCCGAGUUUCCGGACAAGCGACGCUUCGACCGGCACAAAGCCAUUAAACACGAGGGUGCCAUGCACACGUGCCCGGAGUGUUUCCGCCAGUUUCCGGACAAGAGCAGUCUGGACCGCCAUAGCUAUCUGCACACCAACGAUUUUCCUUUCGUGUGCGACGAGUGCCCGUUGGGAUUCGUACGGCAGUCGUUGCUCAAUCAGCACAAGAAGAAAACCCAUUACCCGGGAGCGCCGCCGCAGCAGUUGUUCUACUGUCCCUACUGCAGCAGGCCGUUCAGUGCCAAGCAGAAGGUUAAGGCCCACAUUGUGUUCCUGCACAGCGAUCAAUGCGACGAUCUGUACAAUUUACCUUACUAAGCACCUACCUGCGCGGGGGCGGACCAAACGUGGCACCUUGUUCUAAGGUUUAGGUUUGCUAUUAAUUCCGUAACAAUCAUUGUGUAAUGUUACAGCUCCACCCUCUUUCAUGGAUGAACCUAUAUUUUAGUAAGUACCCGACAAACUUUUGUACAAGCUAUGUUUUCCAUUGUAACCUUAGUUCAUAUCUAGGUGAGGACGAGUAAGUGUGUCAGCUUUAAGAAAUUUUAUCUUGAAAGAGCAUUUCCAGCUCAAAACACAAAAAAAUGUCCUUUUUGUCGAGAUACAAUAGAGUUAAAAACCUAUAGAGGAUGAAUGUCGCAGCUGUUCUCUUUGUUUUCGUUCGCAAACAUGCCGGGUAUCUAUCGGUCAAACUGCACACUUUUUUUGCUUUGACACUUACAAAAGGU